CACCUGGAUAUAGCACAAGGAGUGAGAGAAGACAGGACCAAAGGAGGAAUCUUAAAGAGGUCAUUUACAGAGAGAUCUCUUCUCUAGUCUUCUGCACAAUAAUGCCAUUCUCACGUAGCUUCCUGUCCGAAGAGCAAUUGCUGUGCUCCAUCUGCUUAGAUGUGUUUGACAAUCCUGUAUCCACGCCCUGUGGCCACAGCUUCUGCAUGGCCUGCAUUGGACACUACUGGGACUCAGCCAAGAAUUGCCAGUGCCCCCUCUGCAAGCAAACCUUCAAGAGGAAGCCCGAUCUACACAUUAAUCGCACUCUUCGUGAGAUCACCGAACAGUUCAAGCAGAUGACGGUUAAAACGGGGGCCUGCGGGGGGGUUGGAGUAGGUUCAGAGGUUAAGGAUGGGGGAAGAAUUCGAGGGUCAGUGGAUGGGACACUAAAGCCAUGUCAUCUACCAGGUGGUCUCUUGGAUGAAAUGAAGCAGAAAUUCACCAAGCCUUCUCCAAAUGGAAAUUCUUGUCUGGAUAAAACAGGACUGAACCAAACCAUCACGUCAAACAACGAUAUUACUGACAGUACCCUGCCACCCUUUUUAACCAGACAGAUGUCUCUGCGAAGGUUUACCCUAAGUGGGGCAGCAGACGCUAUUAAAGUGCCCCUUUGUCCAAAACACCACCGCAGCCUGGAGCUGUUCUGUCGAUCAGAUUUGGAAUGUAUUUGUGUAGAGUGUGGACAAACAGAACACCGAUCACAUGACUUCAUAUGUGCAGAGAAAGAGUGGCAUUGUAAUAAGAUGAAGAUCAGUAAAGCAGAGACAGAGAUACAGGAGAUGACCAAGGAGAGGAUGCAGAAAGUGGAGGAGAUUAAACAUUCACUGGUUGACAUCAAAAUGAUGGGCGAGCGUGAGGCACAACGCAACAUGCAGGUGUUUGGAGCAUUGGUGAGUUCCAUCGAGCGCAGCCUGGCAGAACUGUUGGAGGUGACGGAGAUAAAUCGUCGCUCAGCGGAGCACAAGGCUGAGGUGAUGAUUGGGGAGUUGGAGCAGGAAAUCGCAGAGUUGAAGAAGAGAGGCUCUGCGCUGGGUAAACUGGCCCAAACUGAAGAUUACGUCACUGGACUGAAGGGCUUCUCUGAUCUCUGCUUCCCCCUGUCAAGCAAAGACUGGACAGGAGUCUCACUGACCUGUGACCUUGAAACGAAAGCAAUUUAUGCCUCUACCUGUCAAAUGCUGGAACAGUUUAAGGAGGAGCUUCAGAAACAACCUGCCAUUUGCUUCUCAGUGUCCGCUGACCAAUCACCAAUGAGGUCACACCCAAAGGUGAAGAGAAUACAAGAAUAUGCAGUGGAUGUUACCCUUGACACCAACACUGCCCAUCCUCGCCUGGUGCUAUCAGAAGACAGGAAGAAGGUGUGGUGCUGUAGCUGGCACCAACCAGUUCACAACAACCAUGAGCGCUUCAACCGUGUGGUUUGUGUUCUGGGCCGCGAGGGCUUCACCGGUGGCCGACACUACUGGGAGGUCGAGGUGGGUGACAAGACAGACUGGGAUCUGGGGGUGGCUAGUCAUUCCUGCAACAGGAAAGGUAAGAUCACAGUCAGUCCAAGCAAGGGCUACUGGUUCCUAAGCUUGCGGGACAAAAACAGCUAUGCCUUCAGGACAGAGCCUUCUACUGCCAUACCCCUCAGCUUGAAACCUCAGAAGAUAGGUCUGUUUGUGGACUAUGAAAAAGGCCAAGUGUCCUUCUAUAAUGUGGAUGCAAAGAUGCAUAUCUACACUUUUAAGGAUACCUUCUCUGAGACCAUUUAUCCAUUCUUCAGUCCCUGUACCAUCAAAGCAGGCGAAAAUGAAGCUCCGCUGGUGAUCACGCCUGUCCUUCUCAACUGAACAGUGAAGAAACUGGUGUGAGGGAUUGAGGAAAUGAUGAGGGAUUUUUGCAUUGUGAUUGGUCUGUCUUGACUUUGAACAUUGGUACAUCAUGUCUGUGUCAGCGAUAACACUGAGAACACUAUCACUGCUAAAAUCCUUUAAUACCAACAAUUCUGCUCUAGAACCAUCAUUCUGCUAACAUUACAAAAUCAACAGCUGUCUUGGAAUCAGUCUUACACAAGAUUAAAGUAUUUUUUUUUUAUAUUUAUGUUUCUUGUAAAUUACAAUAAAAUCUGCAAUGUAUAAUGAUCUAUAAUCAUCAAUGUCAACAUUGUCCCAGUACCCUGACUGCACACGUACAUCACCAAUUUGAUUUGUGUGUUUAUAUCUGGAAGAUGUAUUUUGUUUACAUUGUUUGCUCAUCUGUAAUACGUCUAAAUGUUGUUUACCCUCAGAUGUCAAUAAGACAUUCAGCAGAUGUUUUUGAGAUGUUUAUGAUUUCAAAUGUUUGU